AUGCUUGUUGUGGGUGGUCAGGACAGCGCCAAUCACUACAUUGAACAAAUCAGCGUAUUCAACCUCCGGAGUCUGAAGUGGACGGAAACGAGCACAUUGGGCAGAAGUUGUGGCGCAUACCGAAGCGUAGUCGCGCCCCUCACUAGCAUUGACCCGAACGAUAUUGGUGGAGGAACACGACAGGGCAGUGAGGCAAGAACACCGGAGGAACGGAGUCCGAACAAGACUGGCGAGUCAUCGAUGCUCAUUUAUUCAAACUACAAUUUCCUGGACGUCAAGCUCGAACUACAAGUGCGGCACCCCGAUGGUACGCUUUCCGAGAAGCCAAUGCACGGCAACUUCUCGCCGCCAGGUCUCCGUUUCCCGAACGGUGGUGUUAUCAACAACCACUUUGUAGUUAGCGGCACAUUUCUGACAUCGUCGAAACAAGAAUAUGCGCUUUGGGCUCUUGAUUUGCGAACGCUUAGUUGGGGACGAAUCGAAGCCGGCGGCAACAUCUUCAGCCAGGGAAGCUGGAACAGAGGUGUGCUCUGGAACCGUCGGAAUUGUUUCGUCAUUCUCGGCAACCGUAAGAGGAGCUUGGUCGAAGACUAUAAUCAUCGGCGCAUCAAUUUCUCGAACAUGUGCGUUGUUGAGCUAGAAGCAUUCGGGCUCUAUGACAACCCACGCAAGGUGACGCCUGCGUCAGGGUUCAACUCUGUCAGCGCACCGCCACAGCAUGAUAGACUUGAUAUGCUUGCUGGUGGCCGCACACUGCUACCCGCAGCGACCGAGCUAGGUCAAAUGGCGUUGGGUAUGAAGGAACUUGCCGAUAUGGAUUUCCUCGCUUUACAUGGCGAGCGCAUACCCGUUAAUUCCCACAUCAUUGCUCGACGCUGGGGUCCUUAUUUCAACCAAUUACUCCGCGAGAGUGCUCAAAGCGCGGAGAAAGAAAACGCUGAGGCGGCGACUCUACGGCCCACUGCCACAAUGCAUCCCUCGAGGAACUCAAGCAUAACUAUUACACCUUCUAUCCGAACGAACUACUCAACAGCCACAACGCUUACCGCCAACACUAUAACACCAUCAGAGGCUACAGCUGUAUCAGCGAACUCAUACUCCUCAUUAAGCCCACCAGAACCUUCAUCACACUCACCAUCACAACGGCCUCGAACAUUAUUCCUACCUCACACUCAUCUCACACUUCAAGCGCUUAUACAUUUCUUAUACACAUCAUCACUACCACCACAUAACUCCGCCUUGUGCUCACCGCAGAUUCUCUGCUCUCUUCUUCAAUUAGCGCGACCGUACCAUAUCGAUGGUCUGUUGGAAGCGAUUAUCGAACGACUUCACGUCCUAUUGGAUAACAGAAAUACCGCGGCCAUCUUCAAUGCUGCGGCCAUGGCGGCUGGCGGUGGCUCCGGUAUUGCUUUCAAGGGCGUCAACGGUGUAUCAGGCACGAACGGGACCACAAAUGGCUUCUCCAACUCAGUUUCGAGCAAUAACAGCACAGUCGCGGACGUCGAACGAAGUCUGGAUGCCGGUCUGCGCGCACUCCGCGUCAACACCGACGUAGAUCGAAAUCACGACGAUGAGGUCAGUUCAGCGGCGUCUGAAUCUACGUCGGCCUCGGCCUCCGACAGCGGUUUCGGGGAUGGAAGUGGCAUCGAAGACAGAGAAACCUGGAAUGGUGAAAUGAGCGCAGUGGUUGGGCUCCAAAAGCGAGGUCUGCGGGGCCUGAUGGAGGGUCGCAGAAUCAGGGAAAUGGGGAGAGGAAGAGAUAGAAGCAGGGACGAUGGUGGUUCCAUAGGCAAUGGCGAUGGGGUAGGCCUUGGCCUACAAGGCGCUUGA